AGGGACGACGGAGCGUUUCAGUAGUAAACACCAGUUGGCGUAAGACAGUGUCGGAUGGCUGUCAUCGGUCAGCGGUCGCUACCACGGUACGUAGUGUGUGUACGAUCAGGCGGUGAUGUGUGUACGCUGUCCGCGUGUGUAUCUACGCUCGUUCCUUAAGGAACAGUUCGCACGAGUGUUCGUGCAUUCGAACGUGCUUGCGUGCGUACGUACGUACAGAAACCUAUUCGCCCUCGUGUUUUAGAGUGCUCGUGACAACGCGUUGUUACAAUCGUGGCAUUGCCCAGUACGUUCAUCGAAAGUGCACGCCGUUGUUACGUUUGCACAUUCAACUCGACGUUGCACCUGUUUUCUUUGGUCCUGGUGUCGUUCACCGAGGCGUCUGGUCGCCCCACCGUCCUCACUUCCUGUCUAUCAGCUUUUUAAUCAAAUCUACUUGUACGUGUGAAAUACAUCGAUCUUCUCGAUGGCAUACGACUGUUUUGCUGCUUUUCCAAAGAAGAAGCCAGAAUGACGAACUGUUCUGAACAUCUACUUAUAUCGAGUCCGAUAUUCGAACGAAUCGAGCCCUUUACUAAUCGGAUCGCGAGAGCCAAGUUCCAUCAUCGUACAAAAUUGUGACGUCUGAGGCAAAGUGGAGGUUGAGAUUCGAAAUAAUAGCGUGGUUAACAGGUGGAAAAGAGUUGACGUUCGCGAAAUACCACCACGCGUCACGCAGGGGUGGUGGGUCUAUGGGGGGCACCGCCCCAGCGGCCCCCCGGCUCCAGUCCAAACGGAAACUGCCGGAACGGUGCUAUCCUGGCAAGGUCCAAGACCGCUCCGCUUCCGGUACCACCGUCAAAACGGAUGAAGAGCCCCUCCAACAUCAUGAGGCAGUCUAGCCUCACCAAGCUUGGCUCCAUGAUCAAUACCGCUGUGAACAAGAGAGUCGGUAAUGGUGACAUACAGUGGUGUUUUUCACAGGUGAAAGGAACAUUAGAAGACGAUGUUACUGAAGCUGAUAUAAUCUCAUGUGUUGAAUUUAACCAUGAUGGCGAUCUUCUUGCAACAGGAGAUAAAGGUGGUCGGGUGGUUAUUUUUCAGAGGGAUCCUGUCAGUAAAAACAGUAUACCCCGAAGAGGUGAAUACAAUGUAUACAGCACCUUUCAAAGUCAUGAACCUGAAUUCGAUUACCUGAAAUCAUUAGAGAUAGAGGAAAAAAUUAACAAAAUUAGGUGGUUAAAAAGAAAAAAUCCAGCACAUUUUCUACUUUCCACAAAUGAUAAAACAAUUAAAUUGUGGAAAGUCAGUGAACGAGAUAAAAGAGUAGAAGGGUAUAAUACAAAAGAAGAAAAUGGUACAAUUCGUGACCCCGCUUGUAUCACUUCCUUGAGGGUACCGACUAUAAAACCAAUGGAGUUGAUGGUAGAAGCAUCCCCAAGGAGAAUAUUUGCCAAUGCGCACACCUAUCAUAUAAACAGUAUAAGUGUUAACAGUGAUCAGGAAACAUACCUCAGUGCUGAUGAUCUUAGAAUUAACCUUUGGCACCUUGAAAUCACAGACCAGAGUUUUAAUAUAGUAGACAUUAAGCCAACUAAUAUGGAGGAACUAACAGAAGUAAUAACUGCCGCGGAAUUUCACCCGGCAGAAUGUAACGUCUUGGUUUAUAGUAGUAGCAAAGGAACAAUUAGACUCUGUGACAUGAGAUCUGCUGCGCUUUGUGACCAACAUAGUAAGCUCUUUGAAGAACCAGAAGAUCCAACAAACAGAAGUUUCUUCUCCGAAAUAAUUUCGAGUAUAAGUGAUGUGAAACUUAGUAAUUCAGGAAGAUAUAUGAUCAGUAGAGACUACCUCAGUGUGAAAGUGUGGGAUUUGCAAAUGGAAACGAAACCCAUUGAAUGUUACCCUGUACAUGAAUACCUAAGAUCAAAGUUAUGUUCAUUAUAUGAGAAUGAUUGUAUCUUUGACAAAUUCGAGUGUUGUUGGAGUGGUAAUGAUUCUGCUAUUAUGACGGGUUCAUACAAUAAUUUCUUCAGAGUAUUCGAUCGUACAACUAAACGUGAUCUCACAUUGGAAGCAGCACGUGACAUUGCCAAACCAAAAACACUUCUAAAACCACGUAAAGUUUGUACUGGUGGCAAACGUAAAAAGGAUGAAAUUAGCGUGGACUGCCUUGAUUUCAAUAAAAAGAUACUACAUACUGCUUGGCAUCCAUCUGAAAAUGUAGUAGCUGUUGCUGCUACGAAUAAUCUCUUCCUAUUUCAAGACAAACUCUAGCACAUCUGUAUGCAGAUCAUUCAGCGGUACAUAUUGACGUGAGCAAGGCACGUUCAACUGAAAAAUCCCAAUGGAACAAGGGAUGCCUGAAUUAUACUGACGAAAGUCAACUAUUAAUAUGUCAAUGGUUGACUGACCGAAAAGUGGUGUACGUAGCGCCGUCCACACAGCUCACAUAUUCAUACACACUAUGUAUACACACAAAGACAUACAGAAUUGCACGUAACACCUUGUCGCGCGUAUAUAUGUAUAUAAAUGCAUGCAAGCAAAGACAUAUGCAUAGCUCUCCAAUUUAUUGAAUUCCGCUAGUUCAAAUAAAAUGCACGUGGAAUCAUUGCCCAUUGACAAAGAAAAAUGUACAGUUCAAUCAAUCAAGAGACUCGUGUUGGCGGUUAUUAUUUAAAUAUUUUAAUAGAAGAUUAAUAUAUUCAGUUCGCUUGUAUAAUAGAAAUUUUGAUACCGUACAAUUUAAAGUGCUUUUUAAUAUAGGUGAUUUUUCUACGUAUGGAAUGGUAUCUGUAAAAGAAACUGCAUUAGUAGGAUCAACUGCAUAGAAUUAAAAGUCGCUAGAUGCGAUAAUUGUGUUCUCGGUACAUGUGUGUAGCAUAUAAUACCUUUGCUUAAUAAAUUAUUUGCCAACCAAAAUGCCUAGACAUGCAAAAUUAAAAGUAGAGAUGAUUAUAUGUGCCAAGAGAUGUGAGAUUAAUGUGUAGCUCGUUACUAUUUUAUUCUCAAUCCAGUAUUGUUUUUCAUAACUUCUCGCGUAGUACAAUUUUGUGUUUUCGGUAGGUAGCUCAUUUUCAAAAUUAAAUUUUUCUGUGUCGAAAACUAUAUCCUUUAUAUAUCAAAUUCGUUGCUGAUUUUAGAGUAAAAAUAUUUUGAUAACUAUUAACAAUUGCAUUUAAAAUAUACCAGCAGUUACCAUUAAGAAGAAAGCCGAGCUUUCAAUUAUUUCAAUUAGUCGUUUGUUGUCAUACAUAACUUAGUAAAAGAUAAUAUUAAAUAAUAGGCCUAUAUCCUCGUGUCUUUAUUUCCUAAAUAAAAUAUAUUAUCAAAUACCCUUAUCAUGGCAUGUUAAAAAACAAAUAUUCGCCGAUACGAGUCAAAAUAUGAGAAGACAAGACAAAUUCACCUUUCAGUGAAACUUUGAAGAAAAAUGAACAUCGAUGCAUUGCAUACUUUAAACAGUAAAGAGUAUGAGUGUAAAGCACCAUUCGUCAGUUGCCGCUUUCUAAUAAUAAGAAAAAGAAAGGACUCAGUCAAGAAGUAUAAGGAACUUACGAUAACUGUAAGUGGAAUACAGGUUUUCUAAUAUUUCUUAUUGACAACUUAUUAACACUUAUACUCUUACACAUAUAAGCAGCGAUUUCCUACACGAAUUAAAAUAAAACUAAAAAGUGCAUUUGACGAUGGUAAGCUGCGCUUGCAGAGUUUAUAUGUAUAAAUUAAAUAUGUGCUGAGUAAAAUAUAUUAGCGGAAUAUAACGUCGACAUUGUGGAAUUUAUAGAGACGAAAUUUGAACGAAACCACGCGUGAUUGAAACAUACGCGCGGAUUAUCGAUUGCGAUCAAGGUGAAUAAAAUUGAAACUUUUUUAUCAAUGGAAAAAAUUCGAUAGCGAAAAUUGUCUUUAACGAGACAUACCUUAUAUUGGUGACUUAAAUUGUACAUGAUUGAGAAUUAGAACUAGUAAUUUUCACGUGUAUAAAUAACAAUUCUUGAGUCAUAGGCAAAUAAACGACUUUCGAGGUUUCCUAACCAUAUAAGCAAUCAUAUAGUUUUAUAAAAAAAAAAAAAACAAAUAUAUGAUCGCUGUGCGGAAAUGAUUACAGGAGAUUCGCUUUAACACGUGAAUCGUCCUUAAUUUUUAUUUAAUUCUCCGAAAGAUCUGCUAUAUGGCCAAAAAUAGACACGCGUGAUAUAAAAAAAACUAUUUUAAAUUAAGCGCUUUGAAUGGUUUAAACUAAUCACAUUCUUAUUCAAAUGAUGUAAUAUUUAAGCAUUAAGUUUUAGGUACUGGAAAUUCUUGAUUAGCUAUUUUCUGAGUUAGACUUGAAAGUUCAACUUAAUUAAAAAAAGAAAUAUUGCAUAUUAUUACGUUUCUUGCAACAUAACUUUCAUACAACUUAUCUUAUUAAAAAAAAGAUGGUAAAAAAUGCAUUUGAUAUGGUAUAGCUUAAGAAAUUUAGUUGUGUUACUCCCACGUUAACGAGAGAGAAAAAAAA